AUGUUAGAUAUUAAUUCGUUCAUUGAGGAAAAGGGUGGGAACCCAGAACUUAUCAGACAGUCUCAAAAAGCCAGAGGUGACUCUGUCGAACUAGUUGACGAAAUCAUCGCCGACUACAAGGACUGGGUCAAAACCAGAUUUGAGCUGGACGAACUGAACAAGAAAUUGAACAAACUCCAAAAGGAAAUUGGUUUGAAAUUCAAGAGCAAAGAGGAUGCUUCUGAACUUUUGGCAGAAAAGGAGAAGUUGACUAAUGAGAAGAAAGAGUUAACGGACAAGGAACAAGCCGAAGACCAAGGUUUGAAAAAGAAGGUUUUCUUGGUUGGUAACAUUGUUCACCCAUCUGUCGUUAUCUCUAAUGACGAGGAAAACAACGAGUUGGUCCGUACGUGGAAGCCAAGUGGCCUUGAGGAAGUCGGCCCAAUUGCCUCUGUUACUGGUGCUCCAGCCAAACUUUCUCACCACGAGAUCUUGUUGAGGUUGGAUGGUUACGACCCAGAGAGAGGUGUAAAGAUUUCUGGUCACAGAGGUUACUUUUUGAGAAACUGCGGUGUCUUUUUGAACCAAGCGUUGAUCAACUACGGGUUGCACUUCUUGACUGCCAAGGGUUACGUCCCUCUGCAAGCGCCAGUGAUGAUGAACAAGGAAGUUAUGGCCAAGACUGCCCAACUAUCCCAGUUUGACGAAGAACUGUACAAGGUGAUGGAUGGGGACGAUGAGAAAUAUUUAAUUGCUACCUCCGAACAGCCUAUCUCUGCCUACCAUAGCAACGAAUGGUUCGAGAAGCCUCAAGAACAGUUACCAAUCCGUUAUGCUGGUUUCUCUUCUUGUUUCAGAAGAGAAGCUGGGUCUCACGGUAAGGACGCCUGGGGUAUAUUUAGAGUGCACGCUUUCGAGAAGAUCGAACAGUUUGUCUUGACCGAACCUGAAAAAUCGUGGGAGGAAUUUGACAAGAUGAUUGCCAAUUCUGAGGAAUUCUACCAGGCGUUGAAGUUGCCAUACCGUGUUGUUGGAAUCGUUUCCGGGGAGCUGAACAACGCUGCCGCCAAAAAGUACGAUUUGGAAGCUUGGUUCCCUUACCAAAAAGAGUACAAAGAAUUGGUCUCUUGUUCCAACUGUACCGAUUACCAAUCCAGAAACUUGGAGAUUAGAUGUGGUAUCAAGAAAUUGAGCGACAGAGAAAAGAAGUACGUUCACUGUUUGAACUCCACUUUGAGUGCAACUGAAAGAGCUUUGUGUUGUAUUUUGGAGAACUACCAAACUGAAGAAGGGUUGGUGAUUCCAGAAGUCUUGAGAAAGUUUAUUCCAGGUGAGCCAGAAUUUAUUCCAUACGCCAAGGAACUGCCAAAGAACUCCACCUCCAACAAAAAGAAGUGA